UGCAUCCUCUGCGUUGCAUUAAAACCCAAUUUGCUUUACUUCCCUCUUUCUCACAGAGUUCAAAACUUUUCCUUCUCUUCUCUCUCUCUCUCUCUCCAAAUCAAGCAAUAUGUCGACGACACACCUGAACCGUUCGAUCUUGAUCUCUCUCCUCCUCCUUCUCAUCGCUUCUUCUCGAACCGCUGGAGCAAACCGGACGAUGACGACAUCAAGAACAAACUUCCGUUACCGAACUCACCGACUCGUCCCGAGGGUUGUUCACAUCCCGUACUACGUGACUCCUUGUGACUCCUUCUCUCGUCCUUACGCGCGUUCUAUGUGCCUUGAGCUUCAAAGGAUCCACCGUAGUACCGUGAAGCAGCCAUUUGUUUCCCCUCCUCCUCCUCCUCCGCCGGAGAUUGAUCCAAGGUACGGCGUCGAUAAAAGACUCGUCCCCUCCGGUCCUAAUCCUCUUCACAACUAAAACUCUCGCGGUCUUUCCCCCAGUUUAUCAUAUUCAGAGACCUACCUUACU